AAAUCUAUGGUAUUUAGAAAAGAAAGAAGGAAGGAAAGAUCGUCACGAAUUCGCGAGUGAAAAUAAAUUGAUUACGACCAAGAUUGAAAUCUUUUUUGAUAAAAUAUUGUUCUAUGUAUUGUUUUACAUAAAGGCAAAUUAUUGUCAGCCCCUAUGUAAAUAGAAAGUGAAAUAUUUUCGUAUAUUAUAGUGGUUGAACAAUAUGUGCACUGUGUUGAUAACGAAUGACAUCUGUUAACAAAAGGAAAACACUAGUUAGAAGACGUGCAUAAUAUUUAAUCAGGAUGACAACGGAGGUGAUUAACAUCACGCACCAACCGAUCAUGGAGACGGUGGCUGACAUGCUGAAGGAGCCGGUGUUCCUUCAGACUGCCUCUGCUCAGACCAUUGCGGGCAUGUUCGUGUGGACUGCACUCUUUAUUACUUGCCAACAGAUCUACCAACACCUCCGCUGGUACACGAACCCAUCGGAGCAGCGUUGGAUAGUGCGCAUUCUGUUCAUCGUGCCGAUCUACGGUAUCCACAGUUGGAUCUCGCUUCUCUUCUUCACGGGAAACUCUUAUUAUGUCUACUUCUUUACCGUACGGGAUUGUUAUGAAGCCCUAGUGAUAUACAGUUUCCUGUCCCUAUGCUACGAGUACUUGGGCGGGGAAGGCAACAUAAUGUCGGAGCUGCGGGGUCGCCCGGUGCGGGCGUCGUGCGUCAACGGCACCUGCUGCCUGUCCGGCGCCACCUACACCAUCGGGUUCCUGCGGUUCUGCAAACAGGCAACCCUACAGUUCUGUCUCAUCAAGCCACUCUGCGCUUUCAUUAUCAUUUUCUUGCAGGCGGCGGGCCACUAUCGCGACGGCGACUGGAGCAUCAGCGGCGGCUACAUCUAUAUCACGAUAUUGUCCAACUUCUCGGUGACGCUGGCUCUGUACGGCCUCUUUAUGUUCCUGGGCGCCACGCGCGAGAUGCUGCAGCCCUUUGAUCCCGUGUUGAAGUUCUUCACCGUCAAGUCUAUUAUCUUCCUCUCGUUCUGGCAAGGUGUGGCGCUAGCCAUCCUCGAGAAGGCAGAGGUGAUAGCGCCCACGAUGACGGAGACGGGAGAGCGCACGUCGGCGGGCACGGUGUCGGCGGGGUACCAGAACUUCCUGAUCUGCAUCGAGAUGUUGGCGGCGAGCGUGGCGCUGCGCUACGCCUUCCCGGCGCUCGCCUACGCGCGCGCGCACCGCGACCCGCGCCGCGCGCUCACCAUGCAGUCCAUCUCCAGCAGUCUCAAGGAGACAGUGAACCCUAAGGACAUAAUGACGGACGCAUUCCACAACUUCCACCCUCAGUACCAGCAGUACACGCAGUACAGCUCAGUGAUGCGAGCCGGGGCGGGAGCGGGCAAGCGAGACGAGGGCGCGACCCUCGCCCCCCGCCCGCCGCCGCAACGCGUGGCCACCAUCAGCCACGCCACCAACUACCACGAAAAGACUACCCUUCUCAGCUCCGAUGACGAAUUCCAAUGAAUUUGCCCAACAUACUGGAUAAACGAACCACUGAAUUAACGCUGAUUACACCAAACGAACGAAUGUUCAUUUUGUACCCAUAACCCUAUGGGUUUUUGUACCCAUAACCCAGGCAUCGGUUGGACAGAGAGGGGGGAUAAAAAUGAGCAUUCGCUCGCUUGGUGUAAAUACGCCUUCUUAACCUUAUGUCAGGUACAUGUAAUUAUUUUCAGAGAGAUAUUAAUUCGUCUAAAAAGAGUGGAUAAUAUACGGGGGCCCUGUGUUCACUGUGCUGGCAACACUGUAUUUUUCAACCAAUCACGACCAUUCUAUUUAGUGUUGCUAUGAUAAAAAAAAUAUAUUCAUCAAAAAUCCGUUUCUGCUCUUUUUGGACUCAUUGUACUAAAGUAUUAGGUUAAAGCAUGGAAUUAGUAAGUACUACGUUGUACGUAGUACUUACUAAAUCCAUGGGUUGAAGAACAAACUUUGUGGAACAUACGGCGAAUUACUUGAAAAAUUUUACUAUUGCCUUAAAUUAUUUAGGAUUUAAUUUUUGUCAAGGUGUCAUACUAUGAUAGCAUUUGUAUUUAUUAUUGAGAUUUUCCAACCCCUACCUCUUAUUGUUGUUGAAAUGGUUAUAAUUUAUUUUGAUUAUCAUGUUAUGUUUUCACUUUAUUUAAUCUUAAAUAGGAAGGAUUUUAAACGCACAUAAUGUGCGUUCAUCGAUUUUAUCGUAUUUGCACUGUCAUAUCCUUCAUUACCCAUCAACAUAUAGUUCGUCGUUUUUCUUAGGAAUCCGCUUUCGUUUCGUAGCUAAACAAGAUGUCAUUAUGAAAAUAUUAUCUUAGACGAUGUGUAAAUGAUUUUAAAUAUAAUUUUAUAGUAUUAUAGCCAAAUCCGUUAGGUACCACAUAAUAUAGUUACAAAUAUUUGUUACACAUGCUAAACUAUUGCGCAACACGGCGACUUCGGCUUUGCGAAAAGGAUUGUAAAGGUAGGUGUGAUAUGUAUCGUAGUGGACAUAAAAUUAAAUGUAAAUAAAGUGUAAAGUGUAAUAGACGUCUAAAAUACAAGUUUCUAUAUACAGCUUGUAAUAUUUCAACGUGUAUAAAAUUAUUUCUAAAGAACCAAAGAUAAUACGAACUUGCCAUUGGAAAUUUGUAGAUUGUGUAGUCAUUUUAGAUUAAAUAAUUAUAGGUUUUGUCAGAUAUUUAAUAUUAUAUACAGGGUUACUUGUAAAACAAUCACAAAUCUGUCCUUUAGGGUCAUUUUAGUUUAAGAUAACCAUGAUAAAGAAAACGAUUUCAUGUAACUACUAUUCAAAUGAAUUCCAUCCAUACUACUUUCGAUGUCCGAUCUUUCGCUUUCUCGGAACCGAUAAAUCAUAUACGUUUUCUUGUUUCAUUGUAUAUAAGUAUAAAUGUUUUAUAAGUAAUCCUAACUUUUAUUUAUAAACGAAACGCAAAUGUAAAUAUAAAUGACCUCAGAUUACGUUAUGACAAACAUUUUUCAUUUUGAUCUUACUGGCGCAAAAUUAUCACUACCACGGUGCAAGUGCACGAAAAUGAUGCCUAUCAGGUGGAUAACAAUAUCUAGAUACACAUUUAGGUGCCUGCCUUAAGAAUUUUGGCGUAUGCAAAUUUAUGGAAAUAAGAAUAUGCAAAUUUAUGAAAGUUAUUUCUUUGCUAUUCUUUAUUAUGUAUAGUGCAAACAUCCCGCAAAUAUUGAAUGGUAGAAAUAUGUAUGUUUUAUGUAUAUUUAUAUAAAUGAAAAUGAAUUAAUAAUAAUUGUGGUAUUUAUAAUCAUAGUGAACAUCCAUUUAUACUUAUUUCCAUACUAGCUGCAAUAUUUUUUUAUUGGUAAAAUAUAAUCUUUUUCAUAUGACUAUAUUGUAACAAAGAAGCUUGCGCAAUCGCUUCGCCGUCCAAUUUGGUAUUAUAUACACUAUUCUGGAAAUAAAUAAUCCCUAACUUUGUCCGCGGCUUCGCCUGUCUGCCUGCCCGAAUGUGAGCUAUGGGUAGGUCCCGGUGGGGGUAUAUUAAGAUAGUUUCCAAAGAAACAGCACCUUUACGAGUUUAAAUGUAGCUUAUGUCCUUCUCCGUAUUCAGUAUUAUAUGGAUGCGAAAUUUCAAGAAGAUCAAAAGAUUUGGUGAUAGGAUAAAACGCAAACUCACUUUUGCAUUUAUAAUAUAAAUUGGGGUUGGUGAUUGAGACCAAAACGAGCAUUUUGAUAGAAAGUGACAAAUGUAGUAUGCCACGACAUUUACAUUCUGAUCAAUGUAUUUGUCGUUGUAUCACUCAUGGAAUUAAUAGGUACCUACUCCGCGGAGUACCUACCUACUAGUGAACUUGUUUUAAUAUAUGGUUUAAAUUGUUCAAUGGCUACAACUAGAUACUAAAUUCUACUGUAUGUAGCAUUUUAUAUUUAGUGGGAACCUACAUACUUUCAAGUCAAGUAUUUCCUAAGUUUGUGAUUCAAUAUACGUGUAGUUACGCGCUUCAUUUCAAAAGAAAUAAGAAUUAUCUCUUAUUAAUCGCUCUUGCAUUCCUUGUCUAAGUAUUAUUUGUUUGUUGCUUUUGCCAUGUGUUUUUAUUGUUUUUGCGAUGUUACCUAGAAACAGUUAAGUAUUGUUAUAUUAUAGUCUCAUUGAAUUACUAUUUACAAACGGUUAUUAAACGAGGUCUAUUGCUGAAAAGUGGCAAUUUUUUGUGUUAGAAGAUUAUGUCAAUUAUGAUCAUGGUGUGAACAAACACUUUGGAAAUAUUGAUCGAAUCACUAAAAGUCAUUGUACUAUUUCUAUUUAUAAGUAAAUGCUAUCCCAGUUACGAUAUUGUUUGUCUACUUAAUUUUCUAAAAACUGAUAUGAAACAUAAUUAGAUAUAUUCACCUUGCUUCCAUUUGUUGAACACAGUUUUAUUUUAGUUAUCGCGUUAAGGUUAUAUUUAUUUAACUUUAAGAAAUAUAGAAGCUAAUCUUUAAAUAAGAGUAAUUGUAUUUAAAUACCUACUUAAUGUCACUUGUGUAAGUAUAGCUUUUGUUUAGGAUAUUUGUGUUACUAUAUCAUUUAUCGAUAACAUCUUUAUAUAUUUUUGUUAUAUUAUUUCUGCUUCUGCUUACGUAUAGAUAGAUGGAUUAAUAUUUUGUUACUAAGUAGAUACUCAUUAGGUACUAAGCACGUAGACCUAAUUUGGUCAUUUUCUUGUCUCAAAAAUAACUAGAGUUACUAAGUAAGUUUCGAUCAAAUUCUGAGUAUAAAUAAAUUAUUUUUGUAAUUGAGAGGAACCAUAAUAGAACAGUUUUUGCCUGAUCAUUGUUGAAAAAGAUAUGAUAUUAAAUAUGUUAGUUAUUAAUUAUUAAUAAAAUGUUUUAGCUCCAAGUUUAAGUACUACAUACAUAAAUACAUAAUAAUGAUAUUGA